GUGGAGUUCAGAGGCCUAACAGGAAAAAUCCAGUUCAAAGAAGGAAUACGUACUAAUCUGAAGUUAGACUUGUUAAAACUUAGACAAAGUGAAAUUGAAAAGGUAGGCGAAUGGUCAAUGGCACAAAAACUGAACAUCACGAACCAUCCAGCGUUUCAUGAAUUUGGAUCAUCGAACAUAACCCUUAAGAUCAUCAGUAUAGAGGAUUCGAAGAUCGAGACCUAUCAGAAGAUGUGGCGGUUUAUGGAGAAUCGUCCUUCCGUGUUUGUUAGCUCCUACGAAGAAGGAGUCGAACGAGUCCUCCAAGGAAAUUAUGCGUUUCUGAUGGAGUCCACGGUGUUGGAUUACAUGGUUCAACGGAAUUGUAACCUUACCCAAGUCGGUGGACUUCUGGACUCCAAAGGAUAUGGAAUUGCUACUCCAAUAGGCUCUCCCUGGCGGGAUAAAAUAUCAUUAGCGAUCCUUGAUCUCCAAGAGAAAGGAGUUAUACAAAUACUGUACAAUAAGUGGUGGAAAGGUUCCGCUUCAACGUGUAUGCGAGAAGAAAAAGGAAAGGAAGGGAAAGCGAAUUCAUUAGGCGUGGAGAGUAUUGGAGGGGUUUUUGUGGUACUACUGUGUGGAUUGGCUAUCGCCAUCAUGACGUCAAUUCUCGAGUUUUGUUGGAAUUCCAAGCGAAAUGCCCAAACUGAUCGGCAAUCACUUUGCUCGGAGAUGGGGGAGGAACUGAGGUUCGCCGUGAGGUGUCGUGGUUCCCGCCAUCGUCCUGCUCUUCGUCGGCAAUGUUCCAAAUGUAUCCCUGGAACGACCUAUGUUCCGGCCGCGAUGGAGGUACCACAGGAGAAUGGCAUCAUGCAGAUGAUUGAAAUGAGAAAAUCUCCAAUCCAGUUCGAGCUUGGGGACUCGUAGUUGAUCUGUGAUAAUGCUUCGUUCAUUUCUAUUCAGGUUUACUAUAGAAGGAAGAAUAGUGCUUUCUAAUACCUACAGAAACUGCUAGGGGUCGACACAUUGCAAUUGUUUUACUAUUCGUCCACAAAAUAUGUAUUAAAGAUCAGAUAGUAGACAAGCUUUUUAGCAUUCUUCAUAUUUUGAUUUUUUUAUUUUAGAAAAACAAGUUCCAAAUACACUUCCAUUGAUUUCAUAGUAUUUGUUUUAUUAUUUCGCAUAAAUUAUUGAAAUAUGUUAAAAAACAGUAGAUGCACUAUAUGAACUUUUACUUGAGGACCCAAUUUUGAAAGAAAUGUAAAAUAUCUGAUAUGUGCUUUCUGUAAUGACUAACUGGAAAAUAUUUUUAAGCGUUCCAUAAAUAUAAAAUAUCUAUUUAAUUACGUCUUGU